UCCGUCUGAUCGACUUAUCGGACAUCCACUGCUCAAGCCUGUUUGAGGGAGUCGCGGGAAAUUGGAACUAAAUCGAUACCCGCCUGAUCGAACAUCAAAAUAAACUUUUCAUGGACACACCAGCCGUGCCACUGAUGUUAUUAAGAGUUAUGUUAAGGCCGAGUGAGCAGGAUGGAGAACAAUGUGGGAGAUGUACUGCACUGUGAGGAGCAGCUGAGGACUACACUGCACUAUGAUGACAAGGAGAAGCUUCGUAGGAAGUUGGCACUGUUACAAAGGGAGUACCUCAGGACAGCCCAGAGACUACAGCGUGCUGAGCAUUCAGAGGCAGUGCGGAGACAUGUGAGGAGCAGGAUUACACAGCAGAAGCACCAGGACCAGAGAGACCCAGAGGUGACAUCUAACCCCUGUCUCAGCCCAUCUUCACUGACACUGGACACUCACGAUGGGACAGCCUCAGGUGUACCUCAGUGCCAGGGACACAUUAGAGGUUCUGCAGAUUCUGAUAAAUCCAGGAGGAGCCAGGUGAUCAGGUUCCUGCUCCCCUCUGAUGCUGCUUGCCCACAAACUCCAGAUCCCAGCCAUGACUCAGCUAGAGGUCACAGACCCAGUCCUGCCCUGCGCCUCAGGUCCCGACGGAGCCGCCUGCGCUGGGAAAGGAGGAGUGUUGAGGCUGGCAGGAGCACAGACAACAGUGAGGAAGGAUGGAAGCAGAGUGAAAAGAUGGAAACUGCUAGAACAGAAGGAAGUGAAGAGCAAGUCAAAACAGAGGGAACAGAGGUUGUGAAUGAAAGUGAAGAGCUAUUUUCUGAUACAGAAUCUGAGUCUUCCUCUCUGCUGCUCACACACUGGAACACUUGUGGACAAACUGAAACAGGAGAUAUGAAAGGAAAAGAGAUACAAGAACGACAAGAACAAAGGGAAAAAGAGAUUGAGUUGAGAGCUGAAGGGAAAAAAGAGUCAACCCCUUUGCUGCUCACAUGUUCAAACCCUGCUAUACACACUGAAGGACAAGAUGGCACACAAAAUGGAAAAAGAAAGGAGAUAGAGGGAGGAGAUGAAGGUGAGAAUAGUACAGAACAGAGGGAUGGAAGGCUGCAUGAAAAAUGUCAUGAUAAUACAGUUGAAAUAAAAGAAGAAAAAAGUGAGAUGGUUGGAGGAGAGCAUGAUGUAAAGGGUGUGGGUGUCCUUGACUCUUGUACCCUAGUGGAAGGACUACUUUUCCCAGCAGAGUACUAUGUCCGAACCACAAGACGUAUGACAUUUUCACAGAGCCAGCCUGACAUGCAGACCGUCAUACUCUCCCAGCUGAGAAUGGGACGACACCGCAGGGGCCGCGGCCGCAGCAGAGGAUUGAACAGGCACACCCAUAACCAUGAACAUUCAGAUCAACACACUGAGACAGAUUUCUCCUCACUGAAGAUUGCAUCUGCAUCUGUAGGUCCACGUAUGGAAUCACAGGCUGCCGAAACAUCAGCUGAGCUGAACAGUCAGAGCUCCAGUGAGAUUUCAGAUAAAAUCUCAGCUUGUCAGAUCGACACGGAUGCUUGUUUUUCUCCUACGGUCACCACUGCUCGUCCAGCAAGAGGUAGGAGGAGGAAGAAGAGAGGUAGGGGCAGAGGGAGACCUCAGACCCCUCAAUGCUCUCUUAGUUUAGACGCCCAUCAACUAGACCUUGGACAAACCCCAGACGAUCUUCAGCCCACCAGCUCCCUGGUCUCUUCCUCCCCGUCUCUCCAUGGAGCUGAUGGACCAAAGCCCUGCCUCACUCCAGGAGAAGCUGUUCCAGUGCCAGGCAACCCCCAGCCUGCAUCCACCCACAGCACAGCUACACAGCCUUCUUCUGGAAUCAGUGGAGCUCAGUCUAGCUCUGCCUCUAGACAUCUGGGGAAGGUCUAUCCCAUCUUUCUGAAGAGCAGCGACGGGACUAACAGAUCCACACAGAUGAGUAGAAGCGCAGCAAGCUGGCAAUCUCUCCUCUUGCCCUCCUCUCCACCUGCCCAAACCCCUCUGCUUCCUCUCCCCUUUCUGUCCCCCGACCCGCUGGUCAACAAGCUGAUGAACUUUGACAUUCCACAAGAUUUCCAUCUCCCCGAUGACCAGUUUGCCUCCCUAAAGCUGCACAAGCUCCGCCAAGUCACUGUGGAAGGAGUUGAACAUUUUACAUCCCCGUCUUACAGGACACGCAGGAGCAACCGACGCUCUGUUACUCGCUACAGCGGUGGCAGCAGUGACCCAGUAAUGCCCCUUCCACUCUCGCUCAGCCUCACGCCCACGAUCGCACAUUCACCCCAUUCCACCGAAGCAAAACAAGCUGCUACACAGUCUGUAGACCUCCAAAACUUGUCAACCGAUCACAAGCUUACAGAUAAAUUGACAAGCCAGUCCUUAACUAAAGAGUCAUCUGACCGAGAAAACCCUGGAGAGCAGCAGACUGAAAACCUUCAGCCAGAGUGUCAGAUUCAUACCACCUCAACAGAAUCUGUGUCAGUGGUUCAAGAUUGUGCUGCUGACUCUGUCGAUCAAUAUAAAGAGAACGAUACUGUGAUUCUGAACACUCACAGCCAGAGUAGCGUCUCUGACAGCAAGACACACAGAUCUAUUGUCCGAUCUGUCAAACCACAGCCUCAUAUCAACUUUGCAGACAGCCAUGCAGGCAGAGUGAAUGAUUAUGUCAUCGGGCACUCAGAUGAACUUCAAAUUACAGAGUCUUCUGUCAUUUCAUCAGAAGAACAAACAGAUUGUCCAGGUGUAGUCCAUCCUUUAGAGGAUAAGAGGUCUACAACCCACCAAACAGAAGACAAAGCUAUUAAAACUAUUUCCUUUGAUUGCCCUCUACAGAAAACCCCAGAGGAGCCGUCUAACAAAUGCACUGCUGUACAGGCAUGUAAUGACAGUGAUGCUCCAGGAGAGUCUCCUGUACAGCAUCUUAAUGUGAAAUCUACUGCCAAAGAUUCAAAGGAACCCACCACAAGUCCUCCCACAGAAAACAGAAGUCAGGACAAGUGUUUACCACACCACAAUGUCCACUCCCAGCUCCUGUUGAGCCCUCCUCUGGCAUCGGCACCCUGCCCCUUCAUUAGCUCACACCUGCGCUCCUCUGCUCCCCUCUCCAGUCCUGCACUACCAUCACUAGGACUCACCCCCCACGCUGUCCCUGCCCUCCCUCUGACCUCCUCUCCCUCUACCCCAGCUCUCACCCUGCCUCCCACUCAUAGCCCCUCCACCCAGGUCCUCUCCCCUCCAGCUCUCUCUCCUUGUCCAUCCCUCACUUCCCUCCCUCCUAGCCAGCCUCCCACCUCCCCCGCCGGUCAGAUCCAGGCUUCAUCUGAGCCGUCCCAGAUGGUUGAGCCUGCUACAUGCCCGACUGUCUUCAGCAUCCAGUCACAGGGCUCAGGUGGACAGGUGGACCUGAGAACAGAGGAAACAGCGGAGGAACACAUGAUGAGAUGCACACACACAUUAAAGGCCCCAGCAGGAGGCUAUCUGGUGGAUGCAUGCUGUCUGCCCGGGUCCUCGGGUGGUUUGUGUGUAGCAGCAGCUGGAAAGUGGGCAGUGUGUCUCUGGAGUCAGACUUCAGCUUCUGAUUGGAGCUUAACACACACCUGGGCCUUCAAUGAGCCAGUGAUCAAUGUGUUUCCUGUCCCGGAUGCUGCUGGGCUAAUGUGUGUGACUCUGGGUCAGUUAGAAAUCAGAGAAGUGAGGAUGCUGUCGUGCUCCAGCUUUUUGCAAGUGCUGCUCUGUGAGGGGGUUGUCCAGGCAGUCGUGGGUGUGUCCAAGUCCAGAGUGGUUACCUCCUCCCACUCAGCGUCUGGUUCCACCCUGCAGGUGUUUACACUGUCAGAACAUCUCUCUCUCAGCACACCGAGCUCUCAGCCUCUCGUGUCUCCUGGUGUUUGUGUCGGGGCCCUCGCUCCAGUGGACGGACUCUCAGAUGCUCUGAUCGGCACAGAUGAGGGCGGACGCCUCUUCGUCUGGAAUUUAAAGACUGGACAGCUGCUGCGGAGAAUCCUACUCGGAGGUGGUUCAUCACACACGGCCUGUCUGAGAGGAUACUCCUACUGUGGAGUGUUAUUUGUCCUGCUGCAACAUCAGCUGCUCAGCUCCUUGGAGGAAGAAGAAAGAAAGACCACAGCAAAGGACAAAAUGUUUUUGGAGGAGGAGAAGGAAGAGGAAAGGAAGAAGACUGCCCUGUUCUCCUUGGUCGCUGUUAACCCUCUGAGUGGAAAAUCUGUCCAGGCUACUCUGCUGUAUCCGCCCAAAGCUUGGUCUGGCAGGCUGAGUGAAGCCGACGUUAACAGCUUCAGCGUGAUGGGCUUGAGUCAGAGCGGCUGCGUCUGUGUGUGGGAGCUCGGGCGCCGGGGGGCCCCGAGGAUGGUGUGGGCUCCUGAGAGUGAAGGCUGGCAGCUGGCUCGAUGGGGGGAAGGAGGUACGCUGGUGACUGGACAUCACAACGGAGACGUUACUUUACACUGCUACAGUAAGAGUCAGACUUCACUCUGCCACUAACAUCAAAGACUCUUUCUUUUAUCAAAUAAUAAGGUCUUUCUGUCACUGUAUACAUGAAGAUUUUAACAUGGCUUCCGUUGAGAGACACCUUUUAAAAUACUUAAAUGUCACAUUUGUUUAUUCUACCAGAUCCUGAAUGCAUUGCAAAGAGGUUCUGUGGCUUCCUUUUUAAACAUUUCAGCUUGACGAAAUUCAACUUUCAUGUUCAGAAAUGUCGCUGAAACCUCUAGGCCACCGUACUACUAAGAUAAAGACACUUAUAGACACUUGUAUACUGUAAACUGAACAUAUUCAACAAGUCAUUGGCCCACUGGUAAAGCUUUAUUUAGAAAAUAACAUAACCUCAAUGAGACUGAAUUGUUAAAGGUGGAGUGCUUCUAAAUUGUCCUUGUUCUCUUGUCAAAAUGAAUCUUUUUAGCGCACCAGUAUCACACACUGAGCCUCUUUGUGUGAGGAUGUCUGCUUGAUGGUGCAUUUUCACUUUUUAGACCACUUUAGCUCCAGUCUGAAAAACCAACUUUGUGUUUUAUUACUGCUGCUGUGUUGACUGAUCCUUACUGUGCUUACUUGAAUAUAUCGUUAUAUUUCUUAUAUUUAAAGAAAAAGAAGUGUUGUCAAAGUUUGUUUUUAUAAUUUACAUUAAACGUUUGUGAAUUCUGUUGUA